AUGAGUAAUGACUUACAGGCUAUUGUACCUCAUCUUUAUAAAGAACAUGACCUCUGCAAUCAGAAAUGGUGUUCAUACAAAAGAAAUCCUAAUAAGUACAAACCCACUGUAUCUCUUGAUAGCCUUCCUCUUCGUCAAAAACUGGCUGAAAUCAUUGGGGAAUACACCUCUAAUGCCAAUAUUGAGAAAAUAUCCCCCUGUGCAUCCACAAAAGAGGUUGAAUCGUUUCACAGCAUGCUGGCCAACAAAGCACCUAAGGCGAAACAUUUAUGCUCAUCGUCAAGUUUGGAAUGUCGGGUUGACUGCACUGUUGCUCAAAAAAAUGUAUCGUAUGGUUAUAUAUCACAGGUAUAUGAAGAGUGUGGUCUCUCACCAGGUAAAAUAACAGAAAAAUCGUCAGAAAAACUUACGGAGAAGAGAAAAUACCAAAAUGAUUAUAAGAAUUCAGCAGUUAAUAAACGGAGAAAACUAUUUCGGAAACAGAUCAUAAAAGAGAAGGAAACAGUAGUGGAGAUGAGGGAAGGUGACACUUACAAAAAAUCUAUUGAUUUAGAACAACCGACCCUAAUAGACACUGAUUUCAUAUCUGAUCCCUUUACAACCCCUUUAUUAGAAACAUUUGAUGUCAAAAUUGAUAAUAUGUCAGUUGUUUACUUUGACGUAGAAACAACAUCACUAGCCAAUGAUUGUGAUAUAAUCCAAAUUUCAGCCAUUGAAAAGUCUUCAGAAUUCAAUCAAUACAUUACGCCAUCACAGUAUAUAAGUAGACAGGCAUCAACGGUUACAGGACUAUCAGUGUGGAACAACACACUUGUAUAUUAUGGUCAAAAGGUAGAUCAAUGCAUUCCACAAAAAGCAUUUCAAAAUUUUAUAUGCUGGCUAGAGAAAUUUCCCUCUCAGAUUAUUUUAGUUGGACAUAAUUGCCGACGUUUUGAUGCCCCAAGACUAAUAAGAUCCCUGUCUCAAUAUAAUCUAAGUACAUCAUUUCAAAAGAAAGUAAUCGGCUUUAUGGAUACACUAUCUUUUUUCAGGAACAAGUAUCCUCAUCUAAAGUGCCACAAGCAGGAAUUUUUGGCUGAAAAUUUAUUACAAAAGCAAUACCAGGCACACAAUGCUUCUGAGGAUGUUAGAAUCUUACAAUCUAUUCUUAACCAUGCACAACCAUCAGAAACAGAGAUCUCAGAAAAUUCUCUUAGUACAGAAUCCCUAAUCAGAAAUAUUGCUUCUGUCAAACAGACAAACCAAAGAUAUUUAACACUGCAAGGGCUUGUGGAUAAAAAAAUCAUAACAAAAUGUAUGACAAAAAAAAUAGCCGAGAGUGGUCUUGAUAUGGCUCAACUGUUAGCAGCGUACCGUCGCGAUGCGGUGUGUGGGAUUCAGCGUAUAUUUUCUGAGAAAAAGGUUGACAAUAAACCAAGAGUAACAGCAUGCAAGCGUAUAGCUUCCGGAAUCUGUAGUUUUCUGUCAAACGGAGAGAAGUAA